AUGACAUCGCCAAAGAAGGCUGCACAGCGAUACGACGCCAUCGCCUCGGGGUCGCCGUCCGCUAUAGCCUCGAGCUCUUCUGCAGGCCCGUCUCGAGACGCACAGUCCGCGCCCACAUUGCAGGAGUUCGAGCAGGCGUCGUCUUCGCACUCUUUCGGACGUGGCCGCAGCAACCUCAUGGACAAGCCGCCUUCGCUUGCCCCGCCAGAGCCAGAGGACCCACCAAUCCCUGCACACACCAACCUCGAGACGGCUGCGCAUGUAUCAGGUCCACCGCCCUGGCCCACAGCCACGUACAGGCACCUACUUUCGGCAGGCACGCUCAACCCAACCAACCCAUUACGCGUGAUUGCGCACUGCGACGUCGACGCGGCGUACGCGCAGUUCGAAGCGUCGCGCUUAGGUCUCGACGCCACCGUUGUGCCCAUCGCCGUGCAGCAAUGGCAGGGCCUGAUCGCCGUCAACUACCCAGCUCGUGAUGCGGGCGUGUCGCGCUUCGAAAGCAUUCCGGAAGCGCUGAAAAAGUGCCCGGAUCUUCACCUUGUUCACGUCGCCACCUACGCGCACGGGAGCAACAAGGCCGACUACUUUCCGGAUCCAAAACCCGAGACGCACAAGGUCAGCCUCGACCCGUACCGCAGGGAGAGCAACAAGAUACUAGCCAUCUUCAAGAAGACGUGCCCGCGCGGAGCGGUGGAAAAGGCGAGCAUCGAUGAGUCGUAUUUCGACCUUACGGUCGAGGUGCGCAAGCUGAUGGUCGAGCGGUUCCCGUGCCUUGCCAAUCCGCCACCGGAUGACCCGGUGACAGGCGCCAAGGGGAUGGACCAGCCACUGCCGCCUCCGCCGCGGCUGGGACUCAAGCAGUGGAAGCAGCUCGGGUACGUGGUGCCCAAGUCGGGCGAUGUAGGAAAGGCAACGGGUAUUGGCAGGCCAGAGAAGGCGGUCGCCAAGGGCGCUCUGCUCGUCGAUGCGCCCAUCGGUGCUGGAAUCAUUUCGGCUCCUCUUCCCCCCGUCUCUACGGAGAAGGAGGAGUCAAAGGACAAGGAAGGACAGGCUGGGUGUUCGUGGGGCUCAGAGCAGGACCGGCUCACCGACCCUACGUCGAGUCAACAGGAGGAGCUCGACGAGGAGGCGGCGCUCUGGGACCGGAUCGAGUACGGCGAGACGACAUGGACCGACGUUGCACUUGCGCUCGGCGCAGAGCUCCUGAACCGCGUCCGCCAGAAUGUGUUGGACGAACUCAAUUACACGACGUCCGCGGGCAUCGCGUGCAACAAGACGCUCGCCAAGCUGUGCUCGUCGUGGCGCAAGCCGAACGGGCAGACGAUCAUGCGGCCGUGUUCGGUGGCCAACUUCUACUCGUCGCUGCCCUUCCAGAAGAUCCGCUUCCUCGGGGGCAAGCUCGGCAACGCCAUGGGGCUCGAGUGGAACUCGGCGACCGUGUCGGACCUGUGGCAGGUCGGGCUCGACGAGAUGCAGGCCAAAUUUGGCGAAGAGGCGAGGUGGGUGUACAACGUGCUGCGCGGCAUCGACUACAGCGAGGUGCGCGAGCGCGUCAAUAACCAGACCAUGCUAGCCUCCAAGUCGGUGCGCCCAGCCAUCACCAAGCCCGAGGAGGCGAUGCAUUGGCUCAGCAUCCUGGCGACCGAGUUGGCCAUUCGGCUGAGGGAGGCGAGGGAAGAGAGGACGAAUCUGUGGCCCAAGACACUGGUGCUCAGGUACAUUCGCGCCGGGUCCGUCCCGCGCAGCCGGCAGACCGCGUUUCCGUUCACAGAUCCGCGCAACCAGGACGACUUGGCCAGGGUCAUCCUCAAGAAGGGCCAGAAGCUGUGGGAGGAGAGCGUAGGCGAUGCGCUUGGGCUCGGGAUCGGUGGGCCAAGCUCGGGUGGCGAUGCCAAGGUGCUCACCAUCGCAUUAGGCUUCGGAGCGCUCGCCGAGGGUGAGGUCGGGCAGCGUGGCAUCACUGGCUUCCUCGGCGCCGCCAAUACUAGCUCAACGUCGAGUUCUAGCGGGAGUGCAAGCGCAUCGGUGCCGAGCAAGUCGGCUGCCCCGGAUGCUUCGGACGAGCAGGCGUCCCCACGCAAGAAGAAGAAGCUCAAUCGGCUGGACCAUCUCUUCGAAACACAGAGCAGACAACAGCAGCAACGAUCAACCCCGCCACCGGUACCGACGUCUGACGACAAGAGCGAAGGCAAGAACGACAGCACGCAGAUCGGGGAUCCCGCGGCAGAUCCAGCAACAAAGGCCGAGGUCGACGAUGCAAGCGCUGGAUCAGGCGAUGCCGAUCGCGAAGACGAUCCGCGCUGGGCAUGUCCCGAGUGCGCGCACGUCGUGACAGCGCCGCCGGAAUCGGCUUGGUUUGAGAAGCCGUAUUUGGUCGAAAAGCUCAAGGACGAGCAUCUGGACUGGCACUUUGCCGUAUCGCUCUCGCAGGCUCCUCAACCAUCGGGCUCGACAGCAUCGCGGCCAUCCGCUGCUCCCAAUUUACCCGCCACGCAAAAGAAGAAGCGGGCGCUGGACAAGUUCUUUACGCGUCGUUAG